AUGUCCAGUGCAACGGAGGCUUCCACUUCUCCUAGUGGUCCGGUGAGGGACGUCAAUUGGUACCGCCAGCUUUGGUGGAACACUGGCAAUUUUCACCCCAAAGCUAAGUGGAAUGAGGCGACCGAUACUAGAGAUAUUACCAGAGGUACUAUAUCUGCUGCUGAUGAUUCCAUAGUAAACCAGCUCAAGCAACAUGUGCCUGUUUGUAAGGCAGAUGAUGUGGUAUCAAAAGUGUUACCAGAGGUCAACUACAAGUCACCGGAGGAAUAA